ACACACAGCGCGUCCUGUCGCCUUUGCAGCGCAAUGGUCUCCUGGAUCAUCUCUAGACUUGUGGUACUUGUGUUUGGUACACUUUAUCCUGCAUACUCAUCCUAUAAAGCUGUGAAGUCAAAAGAUGUGAAAGAAUAUGUGAAAUGGAUGAUGUACUGGAUAAUAUUUGCCCUAUUCACUACUGUGGAAGUAUUUACAGAUAUGUUUCUUUGUUGGCUUCCUUUCUACUAUGAACUGAAGAUAGCCUUUGUAGUGUGGCUGCUGUCCCCUUACACUAAAGGGUCCAGUGUGCUAUACAGGAAAUUUGUUCAUCCCACACUUUCCUCAAAAGAAAAGGACAUUGAUGACUAUAUUGGCCAAGCAAAGGACAAAAGCUAUGACACACUGGUGCAUUUUGGGAGAAAAGGGUUGAAUGUUGCAGCCACCGCUGCAGUCAUGGCUGCAACAAAGAGCCAAGGGGUCCUGUCAGACAGACUGAGGAGUUUCAGCAUGCAGGAUCUGUCUUCCUAUCAGUCUGAACCUGUUAACACUGGCCCUGGCACUACGCAGCCUGCAGCAGCACAGCAUCGGACCAGAACUAUGAUGCGCAGCAAGUCUGAGAGCCACAACAAGGGACAGGAUUUUGACAUGACUGAAUACGAGGUGUUGGGGUUGGACCAAUGGGACUCCAAGGGGUUGCUGUACCAGACCAUUUCACCUUCUGAGUCUGAGUCCACACACAUUACGCCCUCCUCACUGACAUCCCAGUCCUCCCAACCUCCCACACCCUCUCCACCUCCCACUCCUCCAGCUCCGGAGCAGCCUGAGGAUGUGGGGAAAGGGGUACAGGCAGCAUCAAGCUCUCCACAGCUCAGGCUGAGUAAGAGGAAGGCUCCUGAGCCUCCUCUUAGAGUCUUAAGGCCUCUCACAAGAUCCAGGAGUGCUCUUUCUUCGAACAAUGAAGCCAUGUGAAACUGUCCUAAAGACUACUCCAGCUGCCUUUGCUGCAAGAAGUGAAAAUACUGAAUGGCCAAAAGUUACAUGACUGAAGCAGCCUUGCUUCAGAAUAAGGUAUUACCAAAGUGACCUAU